GAAGAGAAGACUGGACACUCAUAGAAACAUACCAGAAAAAAGGAAUAACAUACUGGUGAUCUGAAAAGUACCUUCACAACUUUGGCUCACGAAUAUGUCAGACACUGGAUCUUCCGAGGUUACCGAGUCAGAGACCCAUUUAUUUCUUUUUUUGUCAAAUUGUGAAUUUCACAUUAUCCUAAGCUUGUUGGCGCGGCUUUUCGUUAAAACAUAUGUAACGGGAUUAAAAUCAUCAUGGCAAGCAGGAAUAAACGCUUUAGAAGAAGAAGAGCAAGCCCUGAACGCACUAAACUUACAUGAUGACUCAUAA